UUUAAUACUUUCCACCCACACAACUUGUCUCAGUUGGUAAGAAAAACUCAAGCCCUCAACAUGGAUAUGGAUUUAAACAACGACUUGGAGAAACGCAUUUCGGAUGCCUUUUGUGUGUUUGAUCAUCAUGGUGACAAGUUCAUAGAUGUUCGAGAAGUGGGCACUGUUCUGAGACUUUUGGGUUGUGUUCCCACAGAGGAGGAGGUUAAUGAAGUAAUCUCGGCCACAGAAUCGGAGGAGACCAGUGGCGAAGUCCACUUGACCAAAUUUUUGCCACACGUCUCGCAAUUGCUCAUGGAACGCAAAAUGGAACCUGCUCCGCCGGAGAAAAUUCUGCAGGCCUUUAAGAUCUUGGAUCCUGAAAACAAGGGUUAUCUUACCAAGGAGAGCUUUGGAAAACUGAUGAUGGAGGAGGGUGAGCCGUUUACCCAGGAGGAAAUGGAUGAGAUGUGGCCAGUGGCCAUAGAUCCCAUCAGCGGGCAUAUACCUUAUGAGUUCUACUUGAAUCAGCUGAUGGUCUAUCUGUAGGCGAUGAGAUAAGCUUCUCAGAUAAUAUUGCCGCUAUAUUCUGGUAUCUCAUUUUUUCACUAUAGAUACUAUAUACCAGGCAGAUUCCAACUUCCUGAAGCACCUACCUACUAUUUUGUCAGCCUUAUGCCGCUAUAAAAGUGCAAGUAGAGUUCAAUAAAGUCCCCAAUUUACCCUCGUUAACGGGAUGU